UCUGUUACGGAGGAGAAUUUUACCUGGUUUCCUCAAUCAAUUUGGAGCCAAAAACACUCUCACACAAACAAAGAAAAGAAAAAAAAAAGCAGAGAAAAAUUCUCUGUUCUCACCUUGACGCUUCUUCUUUAUUUCCUUUUUCUUUUCUUCUACAUUUUCCUUUCUUCUUUUCCACCGGUGGUGCAGAGGCUGUUGAUCUUUUGAUUUUGUGACGUGUUUGGGAUGUGAUUUUUCUGGUUCUAAGUGAUCAGAGGAUUAUGGCUACCAAAAAGGAUGAACUAUCUCAGCCACAACAGAAAAUUCCUAACAAAAAGGAAGAGCCGUCACAACAGAAAAUGCCUAGCAAAAAGGAAGAACCGUCUCAAGCACAACAGCAGAGGAUGGGGUCCAAAAAGGAAGAGCCGUCUCAAGGACAUCAGGGAGAUGCUCCAGCUUCUGCUCCAGGUCCACCCGGUCCACCAGGCCCGCCAGAUCAUUUGCAUUCUCGUAGUGGCAACUCGAUUUUAAAGAGCGGGCCACUUUUUUUAUCAUCCAAAGUCCCAAGACAAUGGCUUGGAUUCCUCUGGGUUAUUUUUAUCCCUUUUUUCCCAUACUUUUCUUUGAUUAAAGGAAUUGGAUGGACAUCAUGGAAGAAAAGGUGGUUUAUCUUGACACAUACUUCACUGGUUUUCUUCAGAAGUGAUCCUAAUGCCAUUUCCCAGAAGGGAAAUGAAGUGAAUUUAACUCUUGGUGGUAUUGAUCUCAACAAUUCAGGCAGUGUGGUUGUCAAAGCUGAUAAAAAACUCAUAACUGUACUAUUUCAUGAUGGCCGUGACGGACGAACCUUCACACUCAAGGCUGAAACUUUGGAGGAUUUGUAUGAGUGGAAGGCUGCACUUGAAAAUGCUUUGUCACAAGCACCAAGUUCUGCUCAUGUGAUGGGACAAAAUGGCAUCUUUGGGAAUGAUAAAGCAGAUGCAGUUGAUGGUUCUAAGAAACCAGUGAAUGAUAAACAGCCUGUGAGAUCUACAGUUGUAGGCAGACCAAUUUUACUUGCGCUGGAAGAUGUUGAUGGAUCUCCAACAUUUUUGGAGAAGGCCCUAAGAUUUGUAGAAGAGCAUGGAAUCAAAGUAGAAGGGAUCUUACGGCAAGCUGCAGAUGUUGAAGAUGUUGAGCGCCGAAUUCGGGAAUAUGAACAGGGAAAAAGUGAGUUUUCUUCUGAGGAGGAUCCACAUGUCAUUGCUGAUUGUGUGAAGUAUGUUAUUCGAGAGUUGCCAUCAUCUCCUGUCCCUGCAUCAUGCUGCAAUGCACUACUAGAAGCAUGCCGAACUGAGCAUGGUGCUAGAGUCAAUGCUAUGCGUGUGGCAGUAUUGGACACGUUUCCUGAGCCAAACCGUCGCUUAUUACAGAGAAUCCUAAUGAUGAUGCAAACUGUGGCCUCUAAAAAAACUGAAAAUCGGAUGAGCUCUUCAGCUGUGGCAGCAUGCAUGGCACCCUUGCUUCUUCGCCCCCUUCUAUCUGGUGACUGUGAGAUUGAAAAUGAUUUUGAUGUGGGUGGUGAUGGUUCAAUUCAACUGCUGCAAGCAGCUGCUGCAGCCAAUCAUGCUCAAGCCAUUGUUAUAACAUUAUUGGAAGAGUAUGAUAAAAUAUUUGGGGAAGGUUCUGUUUCCCCUGAUUUAUACUCUGACACGGAAGAGAGUGGAAGUGAAAGCGAGGAGGCAACUGAUGAUGAUGAGUCCUAUGAUGAUGAUGAUGAUGAUGAAGAUUAUGAAGAUGAUGAAUGCGAUGAUGCAACAGAAGGGUCUGUUGCAUACAAUGAUGAGGACUAUGAAACGAGUGGAACAGGCAGCGAGAGUGGUCACUCUGUUAAUAAUGAUCUGGAUGAUGAUAAGGAUUCUGAUUAUUCAAGCUCAGGUUCCGAGUCCUCCAAAGCUGGUGAUGAUUUAAAAGCCACCAAGAAGUUUUCAAGUUCACAUCACUCUUCACUGUCUGAAAAUGAUGAUUCCGAAAGGAGUGAGGAUAAUCAGAGUAGCAAUAGUUCAGCAAUAGAGACCAAUAAGUUUGCUGAGCUGUCCAAAGGUGUUCAAGGAGUAACCGAGUUGGAUGAUAGGUUAACUCAUCAUAAUCAAAUCUCAUGUGUCCCAAAAUCCACAUCUAUUGGAAACGGACCUGGCCACAACGUUAGGCGUCCCACUGUUUGGGGACGUACUACUACAAAGAAGAACCUUUCUAUGGAAUCCAUUGAUUUUCCAUGUGAAGAAGAGGCUGAAAUAGAGACACUUGAGGCUGAAAAGUCUGCAUUGCAAAAGAGACUUGCAGAAGAGAUUGAGCGUAAUGCCAUUCUCGAAGCCAGCUUGGAAAAACGAAAGAAGAUAUUGCAUGGGCGUCGUCUAGCUCUUCAGAAAGAUGUAGCAAGAUUAGAGGAAGAGUUGCAAAGGCAGAGAGAUAAAAGAACAGCUCUCGAAGCAGGACUUAACCCAUCUCAAGGACCCAUAUUUCUCCCAGCUACAAUUGAUGAAAAGACAAAAGCAGUUCUCAAGGACAUAGCUCAAGCAGAGGCAGACGUAAUCAAUUUGAAAAAGUCUGAUGAUCUGGGGAUGCAGCUUAAUCAGCAGCUUGAGCAACAUUCUCUUUCCAUGAAUGAUUCGUGCAAUCAACAUCAAUCAAAUUAUCAAGCUAAAAUCAAGGAUAAACCAAAGGGUAACGAAGCUGCUUUUGAAAGGUCAGGAAGCAAGGACAAAUAUGUGGACAAAGUAGAGUACGAGAAUGAGAAAAAGCAGGAAUCAUCUUCGGCAAAUAAACAUCCACCUAAAAACCAACAGUUGGAUCAUUCAGCUUAUAACAGCAAUCGUGUGUAUGCAGCAGAGACAGUUGCACAGAAACCCCUGGCUUCAGGUAAUUCCAAGAAGUCUGCUACGAAGGGUGAGGGAGCCAAUUCCACAACUUCAGCACUGACAAAACUGACAACCCGGCUCAACUUUCUGAAGGAGCGUCGAAGCCAGAUUACAAAUGAACUCCUAGGUAUGGAGAAAGGCCGAGGUUCUAGUCAAGCUGUUCCAAGCUCAGAUAAAGGCAAAGGACAAGAACCUAUUCAAUCUAUUCAAAAUCCGGACAAAGGUAGAGGACCAGACGUUAGCCCAUAACUCUAGAAUCCAGACAAAUGGGUUGGAUAAGAAGGCCAAACAGUUCCACUCGCAAAAAAAAAAUUAGGAAAUCAGAUAACUGAACCUGGAUGGAGGUAAAAUCCUGAAGGCCAAUAAAAACAGGAGACGAUCUGAUUGCCAUGGUGUCCUACUGUUCCAAUAAAGCUCAACAAUUAGGUCAGUCACUUUCUAGUCCAAGGAUUUACGCCAGAUGAUAAGUGGGUCAUGUAUGAUCUCUCAGUCAUUGUUUCUGCAUGCAACAUUUGUUUAUAUCCCUUCGAAUUCACCUUAGGCUGACGAUGAUGCUUUGAAUACGAUUAAAGUUUACCAGAGAGAGAUGCUAGGGGACUGAUUUUGAUGCCCAUACUUAAAGGAGAGGCUGAUAUCCCUUAAUCCAAGAUGUACAUAUCAACUAGUAUGUCCAAGCUGAAUAAUUUAAAAUCUUGGUGACUGAUUUUUAUUGUCAGAAACCAAGUAGGGUUGUAUAACAACUACGUGCUUUUUUAUGGGCAAAAUGCAAAUACAACUUUUAAUUUAAAAAGAUUUCUCGUUUGAUAUUGAUACAGCCUGAUGAAGGUGAGUCUAGGAUCUAGCCUCGAGCCAGAGGAGAACUUUUUAUCUCAACCCAUUACUUUAUAAAAACCCGUUUUUUGUUUCGAUGUUUGCUUCUGUCAUGUGACCCAGCAUAAUUUUGGUUUUUUUCUUC